AUGGCUGCAGUUAAUGUAUAUCAUACGAGUGUAACAACAGAAAAUCUAAGUCGUAAUGAUAUUUUACAAUGGAUAAAUACAGCACUUGAUGCUAAUUUCAAUAAAAUUGAAGGUCUUUGUACCGGUGCUGCUUAUUGUCAAUUUAUGGAAAUGAUGUUUCCAGGCUCUAUAGGUGCACGUUCAAAACGGGUUAAAUGGAAUACAAAACUUGAGCAUGAAUAUAUUAAUAAUUUUAAAGUAUUACAAGAAUAUUUUAAAGCUCUAUCUGUAGACAAGAUUGUACCUGUUGAAAAAUUGGUUAAAGGAAAAUUUCAGGAUAAUUUUGAGUUUGUUCAAUGGUUUAAAAAGUUUUUUGAUGCUAAUUAUACAGAUGCUCAAGAUUAUGAUCCUGUCGCUGCUCGUGAUGGACAACCAUUAGGUGGUGAUACCAAAGCAACAGGCCCUGGAGCUGGUAGUUCUUCAGGUAUUCGUGCACCGCCUGCUCCUCGAGUGCCAGUUACAAGACCUGCUGCUGCUCCACAACCAUCAAAACCCGUAACUACCACAAAACCUGUCCAACAGCAACCACCAAAAACGACGUCUGUAAUUCAUCGACCAACAAUACCAGCUAAUCAUAGUAGCACUAUAAAUAAUCACCAUCAAGGAAUGAAUACUAAUGAAAAUCUACGAUUACAACAAGAAAUUGAUAAUUUACAAGAAAUUAUUCAGCAGCAUGCAGCUCAAAUUGCUGGUUUAGAAAAAGAACGUGAAUUUUAUUA